AUGUUGUACUUCCUCGAUGAGUACAGAGCCCAUGAACCUAGGUAUCAGCGGAGUGGUAAUAUCGCUUAUGAGUUAAGUAAAAUUUUCGGGCAAAGUUCCAGCUAUCCAGUAGUAAAUAAGAAUUUCGAAGAUUUGUUAACUUCAGAUGAAAGUGAUGAUGCCAUGAGAAUCCACCUACUAUCAGCGACGCAAACGAUAACCCAAUGUCUUCAAAAAUGUCCAAUGAGAUCUGGUUAUCACCCUGUAUGCGGUACAAAUGGCAUCACAUAUUACAGUAUCGCAAAUCUCAUUUGUGCAAGGACUUGUUCAGUCGUUGUAGAUGUAUUGAGAUUAGGACCAUGUUACGGUACCACUGUUUUAUUUACUACUACUACUCCUACAACAACAACGACAGAGGCUGAUGAAUUGUCAGUCGACUCGCGGGCAAAAUGCAUUCAAAGCUGUGCCGUAACCCUUGAGGAGAAUCCUAUCUGUGGUACUGACGGUGUCACGUAUAAGAAUUUCGAUCACCUUAUUUGCGCAGUCAGAUGUGGAACAG